AAGGGUUUGUAGCCAAAUUCAUUUCCCUCUCGUUGGGCCUUCGUUCGCCGUCGGAGGAUCCUCCUGCUGAACUUCACCGUCGUCGUCAUCUUAGAGAGAGAGGGUUGAUUGAUCGAUCAUUUAUCAUCAUCGACCAUGUCGUUCUCGUUUUUCAAGCCCUCGAGGCCCAAAACUCCGCAAGAGCUCGUGAAGGCGAUCAAAGAUAGCCUCAUAGCUCUCGACACCAAGACCGUUGCCGAAGUUAAAGCUCUCGAAAAGGCGUUGGAAGAAGUUGAGAAGAAUCUUGUGACCAUGAAACUCAUGCUUUCAGGAGAUGGCGAGGCUGAACCAAAUGUGGAUCAGAUUUCACAGCUGACACUUGAAAUCUGUAAAGAGGAUGUGAUUGCUCUUUUCAUUCACAAGUUGCCUAUACUGGGUUGGGAGGCUAGAAAAAAUUUAGUCCACUGCUGGUCUAUAAUGUUGAGACAAAUGGUUGGCUCUUCAUGUUGCUGUGUGCAAUACAUGGAGAACCAUUUGGAGUUGCUAGACUUUCUUGUAGUGUGUUAUGAUAACAAGGACAUUGCCUUAAAUUGUGGAAAUAUGCUGAGGGAAUGCUUCAAAAUACCAAGCCUUGUGAAAUAUAUAUUGGAGUCUCCGAGCUUUCUGUUGUUCUUCAAAUUUGUGGAGCUGCCUAAUUUUGAUGUUGCUUCUGAUGCGUUUUCUACCUUUAAGGAUCUGCUCACCAAACACGCAUCUGCGGUGUCUGAUUUCUUGACUGCCCAUUACAAUGAGUUCUUUGAGCAAUAUGAAAAACUCUUGACAUCUGCUAACUAUGUCACUAGAAGACAAUCUUUGAAGCUUCUUUCGGAAUUUCUUUUGGAGCCUCCAAAUUCACAUAUAAUGAGGCGGUACAUUGUUGAAGUUCGGCACCUGAGAAUCAUGAUGACAUUGCUAAAGGAUUCAAGCAAAAACAUCCAAAUAUCUGCUUUCCACAUUUUCAAGGUUUUCGUGGCCAACCCUAACAAGCCCCGGGAAAUAAAAGUCAUCUUGGCAAAAAACCAUGAAAGAUUGCUGGCAUUGCUUCACAAUCUAUCAGUUGGCAAAGGGGCUGAAGAUGAUCAAUUUGAAGAGGAGAAGGAACUAAUUAUCAAGGAAAUAGAAAGAGUAUCUCGGUUGCCGAACCUUGAAAGUUAGGUGCAGUCCCUUUGUUGUUGCUUUUCCUUUUGUGCUGCUUUAGGCCUGAAUGCCACAUAUAUUUAUUGCGUAGAUAAAUGCACCCCUUCCCUCCUUCCAAAGAACCACAAUCAUUGAAACCAAACGUAAUAGUGAAAUUAUUCGUUGGAGGGCUCGCAAUCAUCAUGCUGCCGAGGAUUUCAGGGAAGUUAUGCCCCUGUAAUUUUGGUGUGAUAAAUUAUUGGCAGGGACCGGAAGGCAUACCGGAUGUUGCUGGGUGGUUGAAGCCAUUUGUGUAUAGUCAGCAAUUGUAAAUUAGACUUCAAAUUUUAUGUUUUUGUUGGGUUAGUUAUAAGUUGUGUGUAUCCCCUGUUCUAACCUAGCCCAUAACAUUGAUGUUCUCUCUCUGCCCUGGCCAUCCACAGGCAACUGCUUGAGAGAAAGGUAAGACCCUGAGACAAAUCGGUUACACCCCAAUUACUAUUAGGAUAAAUUGUACCAAUGGUCCUUGAGGUUUAUCAUUAAUCAUACUUUGGUCCUCAAAGUUUUAUUUUCAUCAAUUUA